GUCCCAUCGGAAGUCGUCACACUUUAAAGCGGAAGUCGUCUUUACGUAAACAGUCGGCACAUUUCCGGGUUUUUUGGUAUUCUUCAGCUUUCAAGUCGAGCUUCCCUUUCCCUCCGGUAAACCGGCUACAUUCUGGUGUAUUCGCUUCCCUGUUUUUUUGUGGAGCAGUUCUUGUGCCAACAGUUUACCCCAGAGGAACCAGCAGCCCUUCUGUCAGCAGUUUCCGGUGGGUGUUUGUGACUCUGGCAACGGCGAACAGGAAGACAGACGCAGAGAGACGUCUGAGCUGAGAGAGGAAACUGCUGUGGCUUCUUCGUCUGCCUCAGAAUGACUGAGUUCUGGGUUUGUUUCAGUUGCUGCAUUGCAGAGCAGCCGCAACCAAAACGACGGCGACGAAUCGACCGCUCCAUGAUUGGGGAACCAACAAACUUUGUUCACACCACACAUGUAGGCUCAGGGGAUAUGGGCCAUGGAUUGCCAUCAGUAGAUCUUGUUCAGGCCCAGAUGAAAUCUAAAGGAGGCUACACACACGGAGGUUCAGAGGGCUCUCAAUUGUAGCGAGCUCUUCAGACUUGUGAAGAACUACUGUUGUUUUAAGGAAGAAUAAAAAAAAAAAAAAGCAGUUCUGUCUGUAACGGACCCAGGAACAAAAGACGAAACUACUGCUUUUCAAAGAUGUUGUACAUAUUUUUAUUAUCCAUUUCUCCUGGGUUAUGUUUUUGGUUUUUUUAUGAAAGCACUGCUAUCCAUUUGUUGCCAUAUUGUUGCACUGUAAAGAGCAUAUGUUAAGGGUCGAUUAAGGUGUUUAGAGAGAGCUCAUAAUUUCAGUCAGAUGUAUGCUUGUGUGUAUGCAUGAGGGAAAAAAAAAACAUUUUCAGAAAUAUUUGCGGGUGAAGCCCACCGGAUGCCUGUAAUUUAUUAAUUUGAUUUGUAAACGGAGCUCAUGGUGGCUGGGUCACGCUGGAUACGUGGAACGUUCAGUUUCCUGUUUUAUUCUCUGAGGUUUAUCAAAGGACAGGUUAAAAGUAAAAUAAAGGUUUCUAUUCAGAGAAUUGCUUUAGCUGCUCUGGGUGGCUUUCAGGAUUGAAGAUUGCUGUUUUUGGAAUAAACUUGAAAUCGAGUGGAUACACUGGACCGUACGUUACACACCCACACUUGCUUAGGGAUUUCUCUUUAGUUUCAGCCAUUUCUUUUUAAGUUUCUUCAGAUUGAAGCAUAUAGAACUUUAUUAAACUAUAAACUUCUUAAUCUGCCUUCUAAAGUCAUGUUUAUUUUAUUUAAAUGUUAGAAGCACAUCGCUGCAACAAACGCUUGUAGUGUUUUAUAGAAAGAAAAAUCAUAUUUUUUUAAAUGCAUUCUACGUUUCAAACGUUGUGUACCAACUGUAGGCAAAUAAUUCAACUUGAUUUAAACAGACUCUUCCUCUGAGGUGGGUUAGAUUUGGUACCAUUGACAGACUUAAUGGUAAGUUGAUCAUCUGGUUAAUUGUAACUGAUUGUAUCUUUCACCAGCACACCAAGAAAUCUCAGCUAUCUAACUAGUAAUCCCUCUUUUAGUUGUACAGAAUUUUGUCGCCCUAAAUAUCCUGGACCGGCUAAUGUAAGCUCAGCUCCAAUGUCUCUUAAAUGUUUGUCUCAAGUUGUUUAGGUUUCUCAUGUAGAAUUUAAUCUUGUCAUGAUUACAAAAAAGUAUUAUUCUCUUAUCCUCUAGGCACACAUUCUCUAUCAAUGCUGUAGUUUUUUCUUGUUCUCCAAAGGGUCUGCCUUUUCCACAAGCACACAAACUUUCCUCUAAAGGGGCAAAGGAAACAAAUGCAGCUAUUGUCUGAUUCUGCUGGUUGUUCAGUGAUCCGGUUGGAUUUAAUGUCACCUAUAAUGUCUCCUAUAAGAUUUCAACAUGAUGGAUCUAUGUUUUGUUCUUAUGUCCAUAUUAAGAAUUACUGAAAAUGUUAAGAGAUUAAAAAACAAGCAAGCAGCCUUUAAUUUUAGUAAUAAACAUUAUUGUUACUUUUUGUGAACCAUAUGAUUGACUUUUUCCACAUGUGUUGAAUGUAUUAGGUGCAGCAUGCUAAAAGAUUAUGGUACAAAAGAACUCAAAUUUUAACAUUGGUACAAGCCAGUAGAAAAUGCAGUGUAAUUGUAAAUCCAUUAACAGCCUUAACUCUUCUGUUUUGGACUUAUCAGGUCAGGUUUAAAGGAUAGGUUUUGACACAUCGGUCUGUUUUCUUUUUAUUGUCUCUGUAGUGAUUCUCUGUAAAACAGACUUUAACGUAAACAGUUUGUAUCCCCGAAGUCUAAAACAUGUAGUAAACUGGCAUUGCAGUACACGCAUGUGACCAGCAGGCUGUGCUAGCGGACUGCUUGAAUGUGUCAAAAAAAAGAUCAAUCGUUUUGGGAAACCUGUCAUGACUCAUGAUGAUGGUGUAUAUAUGUGAUGUAUAAAAGUGAUAAAUCCAUGAUAUAAAUGUAUUCACAUUUAUGCCUAUUUGCUUGUCUGUAAAACGUUACAGGAAGGUAGAAUUGGCACAAUGUUUUUCUUUUUCUCAGGAUAACAGGUUAACUUCAUGUAGUACCCACUUUAAAAGAGAUGUUCAACAGUUUGUUUUUUCCUGCAAUUUCUGAGUAAGUAAAUAAAUAAUUGUUAUAUGUUGUCUGA